AUGGCGGCGCCCAGCGAAGUGGCCGCGGCUGCCUCCGGCGAGAAUGAUGGCGGGGGCAGCGGCUUUGGGUCGUGGCUGGACGGACGGUUGGAGGCGCUGGGAGUGGACCGAGCCGUUUACGGCGCCUACAUCCUGGGUGUCCUGCAGGAGGAGGAGGAAGAGGAGAGGCUGGAUGCUCUGCAGGGGAUCCUCUCUGCUUUCUUGGAGGAAGAUUCUCUUCUUCACAUCUGCAAGGAGAUUGUGGAACGAUGGUCGGAAAGUCAGAAUGUUGUCACCAAAGUGAAAAGAGAAGAUGAGGUACAGGCCAUUGCCACCCUAAUUGAGAAGCAGGCACAGAUUGUGGUGAAGCCCAGGAUGGUGUCAGAAGAAGAGAAACAGAGAAAAGCUGCCCUCCUGGCCCAGUAUGCUGAUGUGACAGAUGAAGAAGACGAAGCAGAUGAGAAGGAUGAUUCAGGCGCCACCACAAUGAACAUUGGUUCUGAUAAAUCUCUGUUCCGAAACACCAAUGUGGAAGAUGUCCUCAAUGCCCGAAAACUGGAACGAGACUCACUUCGGGAUGAGUCCCAAAGGAAGAAGGAACAGGACAAGCUGCAGAGGGAGAGGGACAAACUAGCCAAGCAGGAACGCAAGGAAAAGGAAAAGAAAAGGACACAAAGAGGGGAGCGGAAGCGAUAACCUUGGUCCACUCUGUUCUUUCUCCUCAUGGACUUGAUCAAAGGGAGAGCUGAUUGUGCACAUGUGUAUUUAAGAGAAAUGAGAGAACAUUG